AUGACUUUAAUCAAGGCUAUUUCUUUUUUGGGUAACUCUUUCUCUUUGAAAUCAUCCACCACAAGUUUAAUUUCCUCUUCUGGAUCGAAUGGUGCUUCUCAAGGAUCAAACCAAGUUAGCUGUGGUGGAUACUCUGGAUGUUCAGGAUGCUACGGAUGCCCAGGUUGCCCAGGUUGCUGUGGUCAACAACAAUUUGGAAACGGUGGUGGAUUCUAUGGAAACAAUUGUGGACCAUGGGGAUGUGGUAAUUAA